AUGGCUGGACUGCAAUCGGAAAAUUCGUCCUGCUGUGGCGGCUCCACCAGUAAUAGGCAGCAAACACCUCAAUCCAUGCGGUUUCAAAGUGAAGCCAUCGACGCUAGUUCAGCCAGCAUCUCCGCAGCAAACAUCGCGGCAGUGACCCGAAGCCAGCACGGCGCCACGAGGCGCCCUACCGCAGUUGUUCAUUCCGGCUCACUUCACAACCGUUCUAGUGCAAUUAGUGGCAGCAACAGUGGUACUGCAACUACUUCUAACUGUGGCAUCGAUUACAGUACUAGCAGCAGCAAUAAUGGUGAGUCCAACAACCGAUCAGGAAGCGGUAACUCUGAUUAUUGUGCCACCAAGUCUCCAAGUUCGAAACUGAGCGAAUUGUUGUCCGGCCAGAACUUGACAUUCUCUCCUGAGCAGGUUGCCUGCAUGUGUGAGGCCCUUCAACAAGCGAGGGAUAUUGACAGACUAGCCAGAUUUCUAUGGUCUUUGCCACCAAGUGAACUACUGAGAGGCAACGAAUCUGUACUGCGUGGUCAAGCUUUAGUUGCAUUCCAUCGGGGAAAUUACAAAGACCUAUACGCCAUCUUAGAGAGCCACAAUUUUGAUCCGCAGUAUCACAAUGAUCUUCAGCAAAUGUGGUACAAAGCCCAUUACAGGGAAGCCGAAAAAAUCCGAGGCAGGCCUCUUGGCGCUGUGGAUAAGUACAGAUUGAGGAGAAAGUUUCCUUUGCCUAAGACAAUUUGGGACGGUGAAGAAACAGUCUAUUGUUUCAAAGAGAAGUCUAGGAUAGCUCUCAAGGAUUGUUACAAGCAGAACAGAUAUCCAACGCCAGAUGAAAAGAGAGGAUUGGCUAAAAAAACUGGUCUCACACUAACCCAAGUUAGCAAUUGGUUUAAAAACAGAAGACAAAGAGAUAGAACACCUCAUCAUUACCGGAGUGAAAACUCUCUCAGUCACCAUACUCGCACGUCGACUCCCCAUUUGUGCGUAGGCAACAGUCACAUCGUGUCUCCUGGACAGCACACGGCAGCGGCAAGAUCUCCACCAGCAUCUUCUCAGCCGUCACUCUGUGGACACCAUUUCGGCGAUGACAUGAAUCGAGAUUUCCACUUCAACCCUACUAAACCGAUGGACGAAUUAGCUGUAAUGGCGAUGGUCAAAUCGGAACCCGGACUUUACCCAUCGGCCUUAGUCUACCCGACAAACACGUCUGCCUAUGAUGCAGCGGCGACUUUGUCCCAUUUGCAUGCCGCAGCGGGCAUAAACCAUGCGUAACAUUAGCAACUGUUGAUUGCGCAUGGUAUAUUUUUAUUGUAAAGAUAGUUACAAUGGAUUGAAGAAUAUGUAACAUUCGAGUGAUUUAUGAGCUUACAUAGAAGCAUUUUAAGCUUUCUGAAGUGCACAAGCUUCGUGUGUCUUAAACCUAUUCAAGGAUAUUAGCAUUUUGUGAAAGCACAGUAGUUUCAGAUUUUAAAGUAUAUAUAGUAUUGUCU